AAAAUAAAUACAAAGAAAGACGAUGCCACCGUUAUCACAGCGAACAUUUCCGUUAAAAACGAAAACCGACAGCUGUCUACAUUCCAAUCUUGUUCCCGUCAACACCUGAAACUCUCUCUUUCGCUUCAUCGUUCUCAUCCCCUCUUACACAGGGGAUUCACCGGAAAACAGAGCAGCUACCUGUAAACACUACCUCAUCACAACGGUUCUAUUGUCACUUAGGUCAAGCUUUAUUAUUACAAUACCAUUCAUCUCUUCAACUACAGUCAGAUCGCUGAUCGAUUUCUGAUCUGAUAUAGAGUUGUUUUUAGGGCUUUUUAUUCGACUUCAGUUUGAUUAUACGAUGGCCGCUCCACCUGUUAGGGCACGUGCAGAUUAUGAUUAUCUUAUUAAGCUUCUUUUGAUCGGCGAUAGCGGUGUGGGGAAGAGUUGUCUUCUUUUGCGUUUUUCUGAUGGUUCUUUCACUACUAGUUUCAUCACUACCAUUGGUAUUGAUUUCAAGAUAAGAACCAUUGAACUUGAUGGCAAGCGGAUCAAACUCCAAAUUUGGGAUACAGCUGGUCAGGAACGGUUCCGGACAAUCACAACUGCUUACUACAGAGGAGCUAUGGGUAUUUUGCUAGUGUACGAUGUUACAGAUGAAUCAUCUUUCAACAACAUAAGAAACUGGAUUCGUAACAUCGAACAACAUGCUUCUGAUAAUGUUAACAAGAUCUUGGUUGGGAAUAAGGCUGAUAUGGAUGAAAGCAAAAGGGCUGUACCGACUGCAAAGGGACAAGCACUUGCUGAUGAAUAUGGCAUUAAAUUCUUUGAAACUAGUGCGAAAACAAACCUAAACGUAGAGCAAGUUUUCUUUUCGAUAGCAAAGGAUAUCAAGCAAAGGCUUUCGGAGACCGACACCAAGGCUGAGCCAUCUACGAUUAAAAUUAAUAAACCGGAUGCAACUGGUGGGAACAGUGAAGCCGCUCAGAAAUCAGCUUGCUGCGGUUCUUAAACUGAUGGUGAUGCAUAGAUUUUAUGUUUUCUGUUUGAUGUUUGAAUUUGUUCAUGUGGAAUAGCUUGUAGCUGUGACAAUGGAAGUAAACGUUAUUGUAACCAUACCAUACUAUUAUUGUGGAGGUCUUGGUUGUGUAUCUAACUUUGUAAGUUUCGAUUCGACAUAAUUACUGUUGUUUUUAUCA